GCAAGAUAAAGUAAAGAAGGAAGAAAACAUUCGCCGCCAUGUCGCUGUUUACACCAAAUUGAUUGUACUGGGAGCACCGGGUCAAAAUUUCCGCAAACGAAUGUCAGUGGAAAGAGCUGGUAGUUGCACAUGGUGAACAUACUUAUUACAUAUACAUACAGACAUGCUGGUGUGCGCAUGCGUACACACUGGCGACCCCGCGCGCGCGCGCCUCGCGAGCUGGAGGUCAGCUGUGCGGUAUCAUGCUCUACCUCUACCCCACACCUCUACCGCAGGUAUAUAUAUAUUUGUUGCCAAACCAGCCUCAAUUUGCCAUUGUGUGCGUGUGUGCCAUAAUAUUCACCUCCUCCUGCUCUCACCUUGAUUACGAGUUUCUGUGUUGUGUGGAGCAGAGGCUCGACCCUCCCAGGACAUCAAAGUAUUUGUGUUUUUGUUGAUCGGCGGCCUGACAUCAAAGACACUUGGGUGUGACUGCCACAGACGGAGGAACCUUCACGGCACUGUGCAGUGAGGCUCGACUUGAUGAUAAACAGCUUGAAGAUGUGUUGCCGGGCUGCCAAACCUCUGUGUCUGUCGCGACAGAUGUUUGCUGAUGUGGGAAUCACUAUUUUUGCUGCCGUCUUGCCAUGCAUCCUGCUUUUCCACCUGGGCACCCCUGUGAACCGAGGGUUUUUCUGUGAGGAUAAUGAGCUGAAGUAUCCCUAUGUUGGGGACACAGUCAGCGUUGUCGCAGUGAUGGGGGCAACGCUAAUUACUCCUUUAAUAACUGCUCUACUCGCAGAAGCUUCUCGCCUGGUCACGAGUCCUCAGCAGGAUUGCAGCCUCGUGAGGGCGGUUCGGUCCUACUGGGCUUACUUCUAUGGCUUCGUCGUCUUACAGAUCAUCAUACAGAUUCUGAAGCUGACCACUGGGGAACUCAGACCGUUCUUCAUGGACAUCUGUCAGCCUGACGUCAUGAAGGCUAACUGCUCUGGGGUAAAGAAUGACUGGCUACUUUGUCGGAGAACUGGAAAAGUGAAUGAGCGAAAGGUACAUCACGGACUACACUGUACCAACGACAAUGCCAGUCAGGGUUUGCUCCUAGAGGCCCGCCAGUCCUUCCCGUCAGGCCAUGCGGCGAUGGCCUUUUAUUGCAGCGUUUUUCUGACGCUUUAUCUAGAGGACAGGGUAACAGCUAGCGGGUGUCGACUGCUCAAACUGACGCUGCAGGCGGCCAUGUUGAUUAUGUCACUGUGGUGCAGCGCCACCAGGAUCAGCGACCACAACCAUCACAGGAGGGAUGUCGUAGUGGGGACGCUGCUAGGGUUCAUUCUAGCCGUGGCUAUGUUCUACAAGCUCACCCGACCCUUCCUGAGAGCGCACGACGACGUGGCCGACACCACCGAAAAGCACAACACCAUCACCAACAACUGCGACGUCGACCUGGAAAUAGGGGAGCCGGAGACCCCCACCCCGCUGCUGUCCAAGAACGGCAUCCUCAUCUCCUCCAACACGGGGAUGCACAUCGGGCCGUUCCGUCUGCAAAGGGACAGAACCGAAAGUGGAGAAUGCAUAUGAGGGAUGUGUUGCUUCCCCUUGUGUUUCGUGUAUCACGCUGAAACCAGAGACGUUGUACCCUCUUUAUUAUCUAGUCUUCUUAUGCGGAAAACUGAUCAUAAACCUUUGAUUCGACCUUUGCAAGCAGGGCAUCCUGGAAUCGCACAGUUACUGCCUGGCAUCUCAAAAUAAUAACGACAGUAGCUCUGCGACACACUGUGAAAAACGAAGCCGGAAAAGGCGAAUACCACCCGUGGUCCAGCGCAUGCGCGACUCAAGAGAUCUGUUCCCGCGCCUGAGUUGGCUGUCCAUAGGGUAUAAUGUCUAUGCUGAAACAGAAGCAGUUUUUUUAAAAACUCACUCACUCACCCAACCACACAAACCCACUCACCCACACACUCACUCACUUCAAUGUGGUUCACACUUUGUGGCUCGCUUGAGCAGGAGAGCUAUGGUGCUGUCUGAAAAAGACUGCAAAAUACGAAGCUGCCCAGGACUCGAGGCUGGAGACCAGACAUCAUGUCGGGAAAAUUUCCUUCUGGAAACGUCCAGCAAGCUGCCAUUAACAUUAUUCCUCAGAUUUGUGCUACCGUCGACUCUUGUGCCUCUAUGUGUGUGUGUUCUCGUGAAACUAAGGAGUUUGGUGUUAGAUGGCGCUGCCUCUAACAACGUGACAGGAAGCUGUGUCGUGCGUGAGCUGACCUCUCACAGGUCAAUUCGCAGGGAACGUUAGACCGCGAACUUGUGUUACUGGACUGCUGGCAGACGAUUUUUCCAGUUAACCACAAAAACGAGGCUGGUUUCUACAAAGCUUCCGGCUUAGUUUCAUUUAUUGUUUAGGCUCGCCGAGACUAACAGCGGAGAACUUCGCAAGAGGCUAAGCAUUGGUCUCGGCAGACAGACAGACAUCCACCUAUCCACGUCCUUGCUUAGACUGACGGAAGUCACGUGAGGGGAAACUAGUGAAGUCGAUGACAGAUCUCAUCAGACGACAGCGGUGACCGACUUGACGGAAGUGAAAGAUGAACUGGCACUGGAGAAAGAAUUAUUUCUAGCAAUAGCUGUUGGAAAGUGUCAGAAGAGUAGCUGUGUUGGUUGAAAGCAAUAGUCAGCUUUCAAAACAUCUACACUAACAUAAAUAACAACACAUUUCAGGAGCAUGAAUGUAUCACAUUUUUUCCUAUGUUCUGUUUCUGCCAUUUUUAUACUUAAUCAUGUUUAAUGAACGUUCAUCUACCUCUGUACAUGUGAACAUUCUAAACCUUCUUGGCUGUUACAUCAUGAAUACGUUUACAGACAUUGUGUUGUUAUUGUUUACCUGUUAUCUUCAUCGGUUUGAAUAUUUAUGACUUGGACGUUCUCGAAGAUGGUUCAUGCACAUUUGUUUGACCUAUGGAUGAGGUCAGGGGGUAGGGUUCGUUAUCAGUCACGGUGUUGAUGACGUCAGGGGGCGGGGCAUCGUUAAAACGGGUCCUGUUGUAAAUAUUUAUUUACAGUCUUGGUACUGACAACGGUUUUGAAUUGGCCAACAAUUAACAAGCGAUGCAGAUGGUCAGAAGGGCAAGGUGUUGAAGGGUCCUCAUCACAUCUUUAACACCUUGUAGUUUGAAUCGUUGUUUUUUUUUUUUUUCUGUUUUCCACACAUCAAACAUUUCCACACAACAAGACUAAAGCAAAUUGAUUUGCUAUGUCGGACAUAACGUGUAAUUAUUAUGCUGCUUGAUGGUUGACUGCUGGACUCUUCCAUUGAAAGACAAGGGUGGCUACUCCCUCCCUCUUAGAUGUUAGUUCCUUUGUACGAACUUUGUGACCCCACUUCCUGUCAAACCUCACACAGAUGUUUAGUCACAAUGGUAACGAUUUCUACCUUGCUUUUUGUGGUAAUUAGCUAUAGCUAUGUUUCAUCAUUUGAUCAUUGUUACAUUUGUUACAUUUGUUACAUCUGGUUUGAUUUAGCAUAACGGCUACACACGAAAUGCCUCCAGAUUCGUCUCCCUUUGCAGUGAAAGUAACGGUGCAGAGAAAUCAUUUCAGACUCUGAGAUAAAUAAAAGUGCAUCACACUCGACAGUCUCCUUGUAAACAGGAGGAUGCGCUUCUUGAAAAAUAGCGAGCUUUUCCGGUCCUGACUUUUUAGAGGCUGGGUGUCAGACACCUGUAAGCUGCACCUGGCCAGGUAAUAACUCAUCUGCUUAUCAUGUCGCUACUACUUUUUUUUAAAGCUGAUAAUACUCAGACUUGAUUACCGUUACGAGAAAAAAACACACAGAAAACUCACUUUGAGGAUGUCUGGCUUGCCAUUUUUUUUCCGAGUGUGUUUAUAUGUGGAAGUAAAUGUUGCUAGAGAAGAUGAUGGCGAUGAUCGGGGCUACAGAGGCGACUGUGGGCAGAAUCGGGACAAUGGUGGAAAGGACGAAAUUUGUGCAGAAAAACAAAUUGGUCUGUGUGACCACAUUGGCCUUGUUGACCUUAGCUACACAACAUUUUUAAUCCUCCUCCUCAACAUCAUCAUCUUCUAGCUCUUCUGUGACAUAAGCAUACAGCAUCAACAAUAGUUAUCAGCCAAUCUGACAUGAUAGGUCACAGCUACACCAUACGCAAAGAUAAACAUUUUACAUUGUUUGUGUCUGGGCUUCUCAUUUUAUUCGUCCAUCAAACAAGUAACGACUGUAUCAGUUUUCUAGUGCAUGUCUGUGUACAGUCAGUCUUUCCAGCGAACCAGGAACGGUCGCUCUAUUAGCUUUAAUGUAUUCAAUGUUCCUUUUCAAACAGAGAAAGAGACCAUUUGUUUAUUAUUUGCUAUUAUGUUCAAGAUAUUCAAGAAAUAUGUUCAGAAUGGUUGGACGAGAACUAUUCUUCCUGCUGCAUUGAAGAUGUCUGAAAAUCCUCGUCACGGGACUCGCUGUCAUUAUAUUUGAUUCCAUUGCAAUGGCCAGUAUACUGAUGCUUCAUUCAAUGUUUUAUCUGCGUGUGUGUCGUGUUUUAUUCAGCAACAAGAGACCAGCACAAUUAUCAACUAUUUCUUUUCGUAAAUCCAGACAUUUACGCAGGAUAAAUGUAUGUUUACAUGCCACAUGUUUAUGUUUACCCGAGAUAAACAUGCGUUUACACGCUGUAUACAUAUGUUUACAUGCUUCUGCACGCAAUGCAUGUCUGUUUACUUUUGCUUGAGUUCGACAAAAAUGUCAAUGUUUACAGCUGCGAGGUUGCAAGCACUGCGCUGACUAUUCUAGUGAUUUGCGGUAUUGAAACAUAUCAAAUAAAGUUGAGUUCUAAACACA